CCUUUACACAUAAAAUUCUGCUAUAAUGAUACUGACAAUUUUUAUGUUAAUAAAAGUAUGCCUUAUGUAGUUAGGAAUUCCAUGUGGAUAGAUGUAGACAUAAACUCUCCAAUAAAUUUGCAAACUUAUAACUGUUGUAUGACGCUGACUGAUGUACACGGAGACAAUGAUAAUAAAUUUGUCGUCGUUGAUUUCGGAUCGGGAUCAUCAAGCCCUCAAAUAAAAAUUUUUAAAGGUUUAAAGCAAACGCACAUUAUUCAUUUAAAUGAAAAACCUUCAGCGAUUGUAACCGUGUAUACAGAUAAUAGUGAUCAACAUAUCCCAUGUAUAGCUGUAGUCAUUAAAAAUGAGAUUUAUUUUUAUCGAAAUUGUAAACCAUAUCAUAAGUACUCGAUUCAUUCGACAACUCUAAAAGAUACCGAAGAAUGUAAAUUAUGGCAGGAGACUGAAGGCGCAUUUGAUUUGCUAAAACAUUUACAAGUGUUAUCUUCUACUAUUGGAUUUGUGAACCUUUCAACAACGUCGCAACAAAUGCUAUGUUUGAAUGAAUGCUACAUCGAAGAAUAUUUUUUAAAGCAUAAAAAAAAUAAACUAAUGAAACAACACACGAUAACUUGCGUCACUGAGUUGAAAAGAAACCUGGCUGACGUGCAUGGAGUUAGUUGUCUAGUAAUAGCAACUACUGAUAAAAUAAGCAUACUUGAUACAGAAUCGUUUAAAAUUUUGCCUGAUAAAUAUGAGUUACAGGGCGAAACAGCGUAUAUGUGUGCUAUUGGAUUGUACAAUGUUGAUUAUAAAAUACUUGUUGCCACAAGGACGGGCCGGUUAUAUAUUUUUUCAAAAUCCUCAACAAGCGGUUACAAAGUAGAAGUUACGCAUGCCAUUGUGGCUGUCAUACUGCGAAUAGACAAAUUCAUUUGUUGUACCAUAGAUGGCUUAUUGCAAUGCUACACGUUGAAAUGUGUAUCGUUAUGGAACGUAAAAUUGCCGGGUGAUCCUACAUGCAUGACCAACAUGUACGUAAAAAGUAUGUCACUUGAAUUUACUAUAGUAUCGUGCAUUACAUCCAAUGUAGACGGACUUACGAAGGGAUUAAUUCUUAUGUUCUCCGGCUCCACGAUUGUUCACAAAAUCUUGAUGCCUGAUCCCGUGACUUGUAUUAUGUUUGGAAAAUUUGGCCAGGAGGAAAAUGCUCUAAUAAUGAUUUCUUCUAAAAGUAAAGUGGACAUAAAACUUUUGAAACGGACUGCGACGUUUGACUUAUGUGCUCGCCCAACGUUAACCGCACCUACUCCUGGUAAUUUGAGCAUACCAAAAAGAAGUAACGUGUUCAUAGAACAAACAUUGCGUGAAAGAGAGCAUUGUAAUGAAAUGCAUGUACGAACUCAACAAACGUGGCAAACAUUACAAAUUAUAGUGCUGAAUGAACGAAUCAAUUCGAUAAAACAAAAAAUCACCAAUCAAUUUUUACAUACAUCAGCUCAACUUUUAGGUUUAGGACCACGUUUCAAAAUACGUUUUUUUUUAAAAAACCUCAGUAAAGAACCUUUAAUUGGAAUAAACGUAGCAUUUUUAUACAACGCUCAAUAUCACACUAUAGAAUCACCAAGCUGCAGUAUGCCAAUAAUUGUUCCGGAUAAAGAGAUUUAUUGUGAAACAUUUGUUACAUUUUGUACAUAUGGUGGAUCAGAUGAACGAGCAAUUGACAUCGUAGUUAGUCAAAGAGCAAAUAUUUUGUAUAGAGCGAAAGUCAACAUGCCAGUUUAUAAUAUUCAAACAAACAUUGAAGAAUCAAACAAGACAUAAUAAAUAAUCAAAAAAAAAAAAAAAAAUUUAAAAUAAUUUAAAUAAAUGUAAGUACAUUUUAAAUUAUUAUUAUAAUAUAUAGGCUUGCCAUUCAUCUAGAUUUUACCAGGAUAGUCCCAGUUUUAAAGGCAUGUCCUGGUGUCCUGGUCGAUCAUUUAGAUCGUCCCGGUUAAUAGAAGCUGAGAUAAAAUAACAUUUAAUAUUUUAUUAUUUAAUAAUAAAACGUAGAAUAAUAUUGUAUAUUAUAACAUUAUAUUA